CACUCCGUAUUCCCGUAAAACCCGUGGCCCCAACUCGUGGCGUUUCAGUCGUCGUUUCGGACGCGCACGAAACAGAUAGGACCCAUCGGUAAAAAAAAAAAAAUAAAAAAAAUAAAUAGAAAAAAAAACACGACCCAAUCACAGUCGUAAACAUACGAGCGAUACGUGAAAUAAUUUACGCUCUGAUUAAUCCGCAGCGAAACAACAGUUCCACACGAGUUUCACAAUUUCGAUUACUAUCGAUUUAUUCACGAGUGGAAAGGCCCAAAAUUUUUGGGUCCCAUUUCCGUUUUUCAGGGAACUUUGGCAAUUUUUGAAGACCAACCGCUCCCGGAUUAUGACUUAAGAAAGGAGUCACUGGAGACUGAGAAUAUUUUCGGUAAAUCGGUAAAGAGAAAAAUCGAAAAAUCAAUAUGUCGGAGAGACGUGGCCCGAAGGCACUUGAGCUCUGGUGCAGACGCAUAACGGACGGUUAUCCAGGAGUUAACGUGCAAAACAUGACCACCUCUUGGCGAGACGGUCUUGCUUUCUGUGCGAUGAUUCAUCACUUUCGGCCCGAUCUCAUUGACUUCAAUAGCCUGAACAAGGACGACGUGUAUGGCAACAACGAGCUGGCCUUCAGAAUCGCCGAACAACAUCUGGGUAUCCCUGCACUACUUGAUGCUGAGGACAUGGCCUCGUGCUCUGUACCAGAUCGAUUAUCCAUUUUGACUUAUCUCUCCCAAUUCUACCAGCAUUUUGGUGGUUCAUCACCAAGUAGACUAGCCCUGAGCAGAUCAACCGAGAACACGAGCCAGGGAAUGACACCAGUAACUGAGUCCCCACAGCCAAAGGUAAUGCCACGUCGUCUGGGUAUGCGUCGGGAGAUCUGCGCGGUGUGCGCCCUUCCCGUAUUUCUCGCCGAAAAAUUAGUGAUAACCCGACGCACUUAUCACCGCACGUGUUUCAAAUGUGCCCGAUGCACCAAUCAACUAACCCCUGGUAAUUUCUACGAGACUGAGGACGGCGAUUACUGCUGCGAAACAUGUCCCGACGAGGACAAAUCAACCCCCCUAUCAUCACCCCCUUCAACAACCCUAUCAACCCCCUCAAUACCAUCAACUCCCCUUCCAAUUCCUCGAUCACUGAGUGACGAAGAGAAAACAAAAAAUAAACACGAAAAACCAUCAAAAACAACGCGUAUGAGACUCGACUUCAUGUCUCAUCAACUCGACUCAUCAACUGUUGAUUCAAUUUCCCAAAAAACCCCAUCCCCUGUAUCCCAUGUUUCAGCAGCAAUUGAAUCACCUGGCGAGUGUAAUCAAUCCCCGAGAGACAAUUUAUCCACUAAUGAUAACGAUAAUCACGAGGUUGAUAUAACAAGUGUUGAAUUAAAUGUUGAUGAUGAUGUUAUUGUGUGCAAGAAUACCAAAGAGACACUUGGCGUUGAUAAUAAUGAUGAUGUUGAUGAAGCCAGUCAGUGCCUUUCAGUUGUACAGCAGAGACUCAAGAUAUUUGAGAGAAUGAGUGUUGAUGGAGAGUUGAGGAGAAAGAAUAAUUUGUGCGAUGUUGAUAACAAUGUAGAUGAGAAAAUUGCUAAUGACGAUUCUGUGGAGCCUGACUCGUUGGAGCUAUUGGAGUCCCCACGAGUUAUCGAACAAAUUGAAGUUAAAGUUGAAGAUAUCGAUGCUGUUGAUGAUAAUCAACCAGCCGAUAAUGAACCAAUUGAUAAAAAAGACGACGUGGGAGUUUUGAAUGCAACAGGAAUAGAUCUGAGUUCUGAAUAUCCCGAGGACAUGAAUCCAUUCAACAGCGAUGAUAAUGAUGAGGAGGUUGAUACCUCAGAGGUGUUGAAAGCCCCUAAAGCAUCAACAAAUCCCUUCGACAGCAGCGAUGAUGAAGAGGAGAGUAGGCCAACACCAGCAGCCAGAAGACGUAAUGAUGAAUCUUCAAGCGAACCCGUCAAGCGAAGACUUCAGGCGCCUCACAUCAACCUCAACCCCUUCUGGAGUGAUGACGAGGAAGGUGAAAGUGAUGAUGAAACACCCAAGAUCAUGCCAGUUCCAAAACCAAGAACGAUCAGAGAUUUACCUGGAAAUUUACAACGAGCCGGAUUGUACGCCUCGAGCAGCUCCUUGGCGAGUUCAAGCUCCACGACAACAACACCAGGGGGUACCUACAGAAAGCGAAAGCCAGCACCACCACCACCAGUGAAUAACGAAAGACUUUCAACACCUGCAGCUGGGGGAAAAUCCCCUCAACCUUCUCACAAAUCACCCCUGAAAACCCCAAGACCGAGAAAAUCCAAGCCAGCCCCUCCACCACCCCUGCCAACAGAAAUUUUAUCAACCCUAUCACUGCACUCACCCUCGUGGGAGGAGGAGAAAGUCUCAAAGAAUCAGUCCAACAAAUCCAAACAGUCCCAGAGAUCUCCACCGCCCAUCGACGACGAGGAGACCUUCUCCUACGACAAGAGCAGCCAGGGAAAGUGGAAGAGAAAAAAAGGCCCAGCCCCAGCUCGUCCAGUACCACAGAGGCGUAAAAUCAAGGUAAUGUCCAUGAAGGACGUGAAAUUGGAGUUGGAUGAGAUCGAGAUGCAGCAACAGGGAUUGGAGAGACAGGGUGUAAGACUCGAGCAGUUGAUACGAGACAGAUGUGAGAAUGAUCAUGAUAAUGAAUCAACCAGGGACGAUAACAUGACGAUGGACGUUGAGGAACUCGUACUCGAGCUGUUCUCAUUGGUAAAUGAGAAGAACGAAUUGUUCAGGCGACAGGCUGAGCUCAUGCUACUCAAGAGACAGCAGAGGCUCGAGGAGGAGCACGCUGACAUUGAGUAUCAGAUAAGGUGCCUCAUGUGUCAACCAGAAGCCACUAAGACUGAUUUUGAUAAGCAGAGGGAGGAAAAGCUCAUUCAGAGGCUCGUGGAAAUCGUCGAGAGGAGGAGUGAAAUUGUCGAGUGUCUCGAGAUGGACAGACGGAGAGAAGUCGAGGAGGACAAGAGCAUUAAUUUGCAUAUGGGACUUUAUGCAGCAAAGAGCAAGGGAGACUUGACGAAGGACCUCGAAUUAUCAUCGAAACCUCACAAAUCUAAAAAACUCAAGAUCAAGGGAAUUAUUCUAGACAAGCAUCUCAAAAAAAUUCACAAGAAAGACGCUGACAAGGACGUGGAUGAGACUGAAGUCAAGGUUAAACGCCAAAAUAAGAAAAAAUGGUUCUAAUAUCGUACCAUUUAGCACAUCCAACAUCCACACGAAAUGUAGAAUCUCAAUUUGUAUUUUAAGAGUCAAAUCGAUAUUUAAUACAUCAAUUUUUUAUAAAUAAUAUUUUUCCUCUCAUGUCCUUUGUACUUUGUAUUUAUGAGAUAAUGGUUUUUUUUUCUUGUAGUUCAUGUACAAUGUAGCUGAAUGAACGUAAGUGAAAUAAAAUCAAUCUUAAAUAUUCA